GCGUGGCGGGGAAGUACCGGGGCGCUGCGUAUUUUUGUGUGAUGUGGCUGCACUUUCAAACAAAUGUCAAAAUUUAACCAUUGAGUGGGUACCUGAUUGCCUGAAAACAUCUUACAUGGGCUAGGCCACUUUUGCCUGCUGGGGGCAGCAUAUCUCCACUGCCUCAACAGCCAUGCAGCAUGGGGUGCCGUCGCUGGAGGACGUCUGCUGCCACUCGCUGCUGCAAUUCUCAUCCACCACCAAGGGGGUGCUGCAGGAUCCGCUGCCGGGACGCAUACGCACCUGCCUGGUGCGCCGCAUCAUCCUGGAGGGGCGUGUCACCUCCCUGGUGGCGGCGCUCUCCACGUGGCCGGAGCACACGCUGACCGUGGGCGACCUGUGCUGCCGCGACCCGAUCCUCUUCGGCCACAACCCCAGCCUGGAGACGCGCCAGAUGGUGCCGCAGCUACUGGAGCACAGCCUGGAUGGCGUACGGUCUGGCCUGUCCAGCCUGUGCGGCGAAGAGCAGCGCUCGCUGCCCGUGCCUUUCUUGUGUGCCCGCUACCUGGAGGUGGUCGUGAACAACCGGCACGCACGGCUGCGCCACCUCGACCUCACUUUCUAUGGCUUGGUUAGCCUGCCGGACAUGGUGCCCGUGAUGGAUGCGCUGGAGGCGCUGUACCAGCGCGACAUGCGCGCCGGCCUCGCGUUCACCGAGCCGUGCGUCAUGUCGGUGAGCGUGGCGUUCUCGUCGGCGUGCUCGUCGCGCGAGCCGCUGGAGGCGUCCGCCAAACGACUGGCGCGCCUGCUGCAGCUGCAGGCGCUGCGCACCACGCGCUGCCAGCUGCGCGUGGCCGGUCUCCACUCGGAGACGGUCGACGGCGACAAGACGCCGCGCCGCCUGCUGAAGCUUCUCGCGCGCCAUCGCUGCCCGCUGCACCUGCUGCUGGCGCACGGGCCGGGCGAGUGGUGGCGCAGCAGCCACAUGGAGACGCUCAGCAGCUUCCCGCGGCUGCGGCUGCUCGGCCGGCUGGCCCGCGGCCUGUCACUGAUGGGCUGCGCGCCGGCCGUGGCGAGCCGCCUGAUGACCGCGUUCCGACCGCCGGCGCGGCUGCGCUCCCUCUCCGUCUCGUCCAACCUGCUGUGCGUGCUGGGGCCGGCCAAGCUGGUCGGCCUGCGCCGGCUUACGCUCGGCCUCGGUCACGGCGCUGUCGCCGAGCGUGCCGGCGACGUGGAGCGUCUGCUGCGCAGCGCUUGGCACCUGGUCGACCAGCUACGCGUGCUGCUCGGGGCGCCGGCGCUCAGCGAUGUGUGCCUCUACCUGACCGAGUCGGUGCCGGGCGAGUUUGACUCACGCGAGAGGCUGCUGCUGUGA